AUGAGUAGUUUGGUGAACUGCAAUCACUUUGCCAUUCAUCGUCUCCCAUCUCCGUUUUCUUCCGCCAUCGCAACACGCUUCUCUCGCCACAUUUCCAAUGUCUCUGUUUCCUCACAAUCUCAACAACAAGGGAUUCAAACCCCUCCAAAGAUUGGUUUUUUGGGCCUCGGCAUCAUGGGUUCUCCAAUGGCACAAAAUCUCAUCAAUGCUGGUGUUGAUCUAACGGUUUGGAAUAGGACUAAGAGCAAGUGUGAUCCUCUAAUCAGCUUGGGAGCCAAAUAUAAAUCAUCUCCCGAACAAGUAGCCGCAUCUUGUGAUCUCACGUUUGCUAUGCUUGCUGAUCCUCAAAGUGCCAUGGAUGUUGCUUGUGGCAAGUAUGGAGUAGCAAAUGGAAUGGGUCCUGGAAAAGGAUAUGUGGAUGUAUCAACUGUUGAUGUGGACACGUCUAAAUUGAUUAACGGGCACAUAAAAUCCACUGGAGCGCUAUUUUUGGAGGCUCCAGUUUCAGGUUCCAAAAAGCCAGCAGAAGAUGGACAAUUGAUAUUUCUUACAGCAGGGGACAGAAAUCUUUACCAAAAUGCUGCUCCUCUUUUGGACAUCAUGGGGAAAUCUAAAUUCUACCUUGGUGAUGUUGGAAAUGGAGCUGCAAUGAAGCUCGUUGUAAAUAUGAUCAUGGGCAGUAUGAUGGCAUCCUUUUCUGAAGGCUUACUUCUCUGUGAGAAAGUUGGGCUCGAUCCAAAAGUACUAGUCGAGGUAAUUUCACAGGGUGCGAUUAAUGCUCCAAUGUACACAACCAAAGGCCCGUCCAUGAUAAAGUCACAUUAUCCAACUGCAUUUCCCCUAAAGCAUCAGCAGAAGGAUCUAAGGCUUGCCCUGGGGUUAGCGGAGUCUGUUUCCCAGUCUAUUCCGAUUGCAGCAGCUGCUAACGAGUUAUACAAAGUUGCAAAAUCACAUGGCUAUAGUGAUGAGGACUUUUCAGCUGUCAUUGAAGCAUUAAAAACAAAAUUUCAGAACUCAGAAAACCAGUAA